AUGGAUGAAGAGAGUGGAAACCUUUUAUCAGAUUCUGAAGAAUGCCAGAGACAGCCUGCAGGAUGGAAAAUCAUGCCCUUCAUUUUAGGAAAUGAAACGUUUGAGAGAUUGGCAUCAUAUGGGUUAAUCGCCAACUUCAUGGUGUACUUACAAAGAGAGUACCACAUGGACCAAGUGAAGGCUGCAACCAUUAUAAAUGCAUGGUAUGGUGUUACCAACUUCACACCACUCAUUGGUGCCUUCAUAUCUGAUGUCUUCAUUGGCAAAUUCCAGACCAUCAUCUUUGGCUCUUUCACUUCUCUUCUUGGAAUGAUGAUCAUGACUGCAACAGCGUUGGUGCCACAACUUCGACCUCCUCCAUGUCCCAUUGAACAACAACAAAACAACCGAUGCAUAGCGGCCACUAAUACUCAACUAAGCUUUUUGAUAUUAAGCAUGUUGUGCUUGGCCAUAGGCACGGGUGGAGUCAAGCCAUGUAGUGUUCCCUUCAGUAUUGAUCAGUUUGAUCAAUCAACUAGUGAAGGACAGAGAGGAGUUAUUAGAUUCUUUAAUUGGUAUUACACAACCCAAACAAUUAUUUUGUUGAUUUCUCAAACUCUAGUUGUUUAUGUCCAAAAUGAUAUUAGCUGGGCAUUGGGUUUUGGAAUACCUACAGUUCUUAUGCUCGGUGCAAUUGUUCUUUUUAUCGUUGGAUCACCAUUUUACGUAUGUGUCAACCCAAAAGGAAGCACGUUUUCUAGUAUUAUACGAGUAUUUAUAGCAGCUUACAGAAAACGUCGGCUUACACUUCCUACAGAUGGAGAUGAAGUUAUUUCCAGAAAUCCUCCAUUAAAUACUCAUUUACUGUCACACAAACUGCCUUUCACCGACGAGUUCAGAUUCUUGAAUAAAGCGGCUAUAACGAGUGAGAAUGAAGUAGAUGUUGAUGGUAAUCUUAUAAAUCCACAGAAAGUUUGCAGCAUCCAACAAAUUGAAGAUGUUAAACGUCUUAUAAGGAUUAUCCCUAUUGGUGUUACUAGUAUAAUUGGCUUCCUUGCCUCCAACCAACAACAAACAUUUGCAGUAUCACAAGCCCAGAAAAUGGACCGUCACAUUAUGAGUAUCAACUAUGAAAUACCUGCAGGUUCAAUCAGUGUCAUAUCUUUGAUAACAAUUGGUAUAUGGCUUCCAUUUUAUGAUACAGUUCUUCUACCACCUCUCCGGAGGCUCAUGAAACAUGAAGACGGAAUCACAGUGCUCCAGAAAGUAGGGAUCGGCAACAUAUUUGCAGCCUUAACUAUGAUGGUUUCUGGGCUUGUUGAGCAAAAGAGAAGAGACUUGGCCAUUCUGAAUGGUACAUCAAAUGGUGUUGCACCCAUGUCAGUAAUGUGGUUAGCUACUCAAUUAGUACUAAUGGGUUUCUCUCAAGUGCAUUGCAUUGUUGGGCUCACGGAAUUUUACAACGAGGAGUUUCCUGAUCACAUGAGAAGUAUUGGUAAUUCCAUGCUUUAUCUCACCACAUCUUUAGCAAGUUACAUAAGCAGCUUAAUAGUAACUAUUGUGCGUGACUGUAAUGACAACUGGCUAACCGAAAAUGUAAAUACUAGUAAAUUGGAUUAUUUUUAUUAUCUGAUAGCAGGAUUAAUUACACUCAAUUUCUUUUGCUAUCUAUUUUGUGCUUGUCGAUAUCAGUAUAAGAACAUGUAA